AAUAUUGAAUUUUGAAACAGCUAGUUGACAAAUUAUGGAAUUUCUUGAACAUGUUUUUAUCUUUUUGGCUGUUUGUUACAUAUAAAAGAACGAACAACUUUAUGACUGCCCUGUCUUUUAGAUGAGUUGUUUAAAUUGUAGUUAGUCUUAAAUUUUAGAAAGUUUAAUUGAUCUAUGGACGUUUGUUGUUUUAGAAUUCCUAGCAUGGGAAUGGGUCUGUGCAAUAUCUUUACUUUUCAUUAGUUUUGGUGUACUUGCUAUAGCUAAAUGAAAGAAUGGAAGUAUUUUGGCAGUUUGCAUUUUUAAGAGAGCAAAAGAAGAAAAUAAAAACACUUCUUGGCCUUCAAGCACCUUGGUUUAUUCCUGAAAGCCUGCUUAAUUUAAUAAGUACUGUCUACCCAGUAUAAUUGUUGUUACAAUAGGAAGUUUCGUGGAACUGUAAAUCUAAGUUGCUCGGACUCUUCAAAUAUGUCGACGGAUGCAUGUCGGAUCCUUCAACUUAGCUGUAAAUUAUGUUGUCACUAUUGUCUUGUGAACAGUCCGGAAUUCAAAGGAAUUGAAAUACUAUCUAAUUAUAUGUCAAAUUUAGUAUCUGGGGAACUUCAGUGACUAUUCUCUGCAGAAUGCAAGAGAGGGAUUUGGUUGGUGAACCUGUGGUUUCGUUCUACAAUCAUAAAUGAAUUCUGCCAUGUCUUCAUCAUCAUCAUUUAUGAUUGCCUCUUCCUGCUGCCAAAAUCUUCAAAGCAGAAAAUAUUUUCUUUUAGCACCUGAACCUUUUGAGAAGAUUGGUAUGAUAGAUGCACUCCAAAAAUAUAACUGUAAGGAAAGGAAGGUAUUAAUUUCAAGUCAUUUGGUGCCUGGACAUUUGGAUUCAUCGGGUACAAGAAAAAAGUUUUUACACGAGCCAGUUCCAAAGUUAGAAUUUGUGCGCACACUACUAAUUGACAACUAUGACAGUUACACUUACAAUAUAUUCCAAGAGCUCUCAAUCAUUAAUGGAAUGCCUCCGGUGGUGAUUCGAAAUGAUGAGUGGACAUGGAAAGAAGUUUAUCAUUACCUGUACGAAGAAAGGGCAUUUGACAAUAUUGUUAUAUCACCUGGUCCUGGUUCUCCAACAUGUCCAUCAGAUAUAGGAAUUUGCCUGAGGCUCUUGCUUGAAUGCAUUGAUAUCCCGAUACUAGGCGUCUGCCUUGGUCACCAGGCAUUGGGAUAUGUGCAUGGUGCUCAAGUUGUACAUGCACCUGAACCUGUCCAUGGUCGUUUGAGUGAUAUUGAGCACAAUGGCUGUCAAUUAUUCCAUGAAAUUCCUUCAGGAAGAAAUUCUGGAUUUAAGGUGGUACGGUACCAUUCCCUUGUAAUAGACCCGAAAUCACUUCCAAAGGAACUCAUUCCUAUAGCUUGGACCUCAACGGCUGAGACACUCCCUUUCUAUGGUGUCGAACGAUCCAAUUCAUUCUUAAAUGCGUCUAAAGAAAAUGAAGAUAUUUUUAAUGGGAUGUUGGAGUUAUCAGAUGAUUCAAAGGAUGUGCAAGGUGGAAAAGUCCUCAUGGGUGUCAUGCAUUCUAGUAGGCCGCACUAUGGAUUGCAGUUCCACCCAGAAAGUGUUGCAACAUGUUACGGAAGACAGCUUUUCAAGAAUUUCCGGAAAAUCACAGAGGAUUAUUGGCUCCUGUUGACGUCAACCUCCAUCAAUGAAAGAAGGGCUCAUUAUGCUGCAUGCAUGCAGGUGCCUAAUCUAGACCCGCUGUCCCAAAGUGUUGCAAGACGUGGGCAUCUGGUGAAUAAAUUGAUUGAGAGGAGAACUGCCGAAGUGGAUGGAACCUUAAAUCUAUCACAUCCAGGUCACUGUGUAAAACUUUUGAAGAUGACAUGGAAAAAACUUGAUUGCUCUGUCAGCCAAGUUGGUGGAGCAGAUAAUAUUUUCUGUGAGCUAUUUGGAGAUCAAAAGGCUAAAAACAGUUUUUGGCUGGAUAGCUCUUCAAUAGAGAAGGAAAGGGCUAGAUUUUCCUUUAUGGGGGGAAAGGGUGGCUCCCUCUGGAAGCAACUUAGUUUUAGAUUGUCAAAUCGAAGUGACAGAACGUGUAAAGGAGGUGGCCAUCUAUCAGUUGAAGAUGCUAAUGGUCAUGUUAAUUGUAAAUUUUUGGAAGAUGGAUUUUUUGAUUAUUUAAAUAAGGAGCUCCUAUCAUUUUGUUUCGAUGAGAAGGAUUAUGAAGGAUUACCAUUUGAUUUUUAUGGUGGUUACAUUGGUUAUAUCGGGUAUGAUCUUAAAGCUGAAUGUGGUGUGGCAUCUAAUCGUCAUAGAUCAAAAACACCAGAUGCUUGUUUAUUCUUUACAGAUAACGUUAUUGUCAUUGAUCAUCAGUGUGAUGACAUAUAUACUUUGUCACUACACGAUGGAAGCACAAGUACUACUUCUCGCUUGGACGAUCUGGAGCAGAGGCUGCUCAACUUGAGAGCUUUUACGUCCAGAAGGCUACAAUUGCAGGCAUCUCGAGGAUUGUCUGUAGUCGAACUAAAAUCAGGGUUUUCUGCUGAGAAAUCAAGAGAGCAGUAUAUCAAAGAUGUUGAGAAUUGUCAAGAGUUCAUAAAAGAAGGAGAAAGUUAUGAGUUGUGUCUUACAACUCAGAUGAGAAUGAAGUUGGGGGAAAUAGAUUCUCUGGAACUUUAUCGUAAUCUCAGAGAAAGAAAUCCUGCACCAUAUGCUGCCUGGCUUAAUUUUUCGAGGGAAAACCUAAGCAUAUGUUGUUCAUCACCUGAAAGGUUCCUACGAUUGGAUAGGAAUGCUAUGCUGGAAGCAAAACCCAUAAAAGGGACUAUAGCUCGUGGUUCCACCCCAAAGGAAGAUGAAUUUCUGAAACUGCAAUUAGCAUACAGUGAAAAGGAUCAGGCGGAAAAUUUGAUGAUUGUUGACUUGUUGAGGAAUGACCUUGGGCGUGUAUGUGAGCCUGGCUCUGUUCAUGUCCCACAUCUCAUGGAAAUUGAAUCCUAUGCAACAGUUCAUACCAUGGUCAGUACGAUUCGGGGGAAAAAGCGAUCAGAUGCAAGUGCAAUUGAUUGUGUUAGGGCUGCAUUCCCUGGUGGGUCAAUGACAGGUGCACCAAAGUUGAGAUCAAUGGAACUUCUUGAUCAUCUUGAAAAUUGUUCUAGGGGCAUAUACUCAGGCUGCAUUGGAUUUUUUUCUUAUAACCAAGCAUUUGAUCUCAAUAUUGUGAUACGGACUGUUGUCAUACACGAGGGAGAAGCUUCAGUAGGAGCAGGAGGAGCCAUCACAGCUCUUUCAGAUCCCAAUGAUGAGUAUGAAGAAAUGAUUUUGAAAAGUCGAGCACCGAUUAAGGCUGUUCUUGAACAUCAGAGCAGCAUCUUCUCAUCAGAUGCACAGAAGUGACAGCGGUUGAAAUGUCCAAUGCAGAAAUAGUGGUAUUGAACUCUCUUAGUUUUUGGAAAACUGUGGGAGAUGCAGCUUCUAGUAGUUAUAAUCAAAAGGGAGGGGAAAUAGUGGAUGAAAGUAGUCAGGUAGCCUAUGUAAUUCAUGCAAAUAUUUGUCAUGACCUCGUUCUGUCAGCACAAUCUAUUCAUUCUUUUGAGCAUGGUGUUUGGAAAAUAUAGCCAUGAUAGCAUACAGAUCUGCACUGACCUGCAGUGACUAAAAUACUGUACAUAGAGGAUUCUGAAAGACCUGUAGAAAAUUACAGAUAUGUUUGUGAACUUGUAAUAGUACCGAAUUGAUAAUUCCACGUUUGAUUUUUUAAGAGAAAAUCGUUGACAAUAGUUUUUUAUUUGA